UGGAACUGGGACUUCAACCCCGAGAUUGUUGUCAGUGCCAGUGCCAGUGAGAGCUGACCACCGUCCAUCCGAGUCGGCCUGCCGCAGGCUUCGCACUGCCAACUGUGGUCUUCCAACAUCUCCACAGGUACACUGGAAUCCAGCAACCUUUUCUGGCCCUCCUCCAGCAAAGGGCCGCAAGUCCGACAUUGUGAGGUGCAGAUUGUUUGGGUUGGAAAGAGUCCGUGCGAUACAACCGAACAACUCAAAAUCUCUCCGACUUAACCCUCCGCGCUUACCAGGCGCAUACUUAUAAUUCACCUCUUGUUCCUUAUCCCAGCGUGCGACGUCCACGAAUGCUGUUCCGCUGACCUCAAUUGGUCCUACAACCAUCAACAAUGGCCUCAUGGCGGCCUGAUGCGCGCCGCGACAAUGAGGGCGAGAGAAGCUCUGAUACCGAACCUUUCCCUGCCAUGCCCGAAUCCUCUGAUGCUGAACCCUCUACGACUACUUUCACUACAACGACUACGACGACCACAACAGUUCCUUCACGAGGGAGGCCAUAUACCGUCACAACGACGCACCCACCUGUCCAGAUUCAAAACCCGCCUUCCGAUCAGAUUCCAGUGACCAUUGUCUCCCCACCCUCCGAACCGCCCAACAACGCACCUGCGACUAGGUCAACUGUGGUUCAGACUCUGCCAUCUCAAGUGAAUAGGCUACGGCCCAUUGGAAUCAAGAGAUUACGAUCAACCGACUUCAAUCGGCAACAGGAUGGAGGAGACACAACGCCUGGUACUGCUAGUGGAAAUGUUAGCCGAUCUUCUUCACUUCGGGGACGCAGCUCCUCUGCACCGCAACAUGCUACAGCCUUUGCUAGCUCGUCCAGCAGCACCGGAAAGCAAACCCCAAGACACUCGCAUCUCUCGACGGUGACAGAAGGAACACCGAUUGAUCGCGUACCUACCAACGAGGCCUCUAGUAGUGGGCCUAGCCGGAGACGGAGUGUCAGUAAUGCUGCACGGUCGAUGGUGAGCAGACUCAGCGAUCACUCGACAGAGCGUCGGGAUCAUCAAGGGCCGGAGUAUGAAUCCGAGGUGGUCGACUUGUUAGACGUUCUUGAUCCCGAGGUCUCUACAUUGACCACUUUGACCAACGUACAAAAUUCAUUGUUCGUCCCGGACCUAGGUAAAUGGCUGAACCGAAGACCGACGUACGAACUAAGUCGCCAAACAACCGGUCGGGAAAGGCCACCAACGAUCGGAGAAAGGGAUACGACGGGGAUGAAGCCAGUCAUUAGCGAAACCACCCCGGAAGAAGGAUUCACUGAAGUCGAGCCCGAAGAGGGAACAAGCGUCACCCCUGCGGUACAACGGACGUGGUCCUGGCAACGAAAACCACAACUAGAACGCACCCACAGUCUUUCGUCCAUGGUAUCAGAAUCUCACUAUGCUGUCCUGCCUCAUGGUGUUCGUUUGGAAGACUGGAGCCCCGAAGACAUAGACGCCCUGGAUGACCACGUGCGACACAUGUUGCACUCGAAACGCUCCAAAUUCAAGCAAAGCAUGGUUGCUUUCGGCAAGUAUGUCCGAAAACCUCUUGGAUUUUUCGUGACCUUGUAUGCGACUCUGAUAACCUUAUUUGGUCUGGCUUGGGUCCUUUGCUUGAUCGGUUGGAUCUAUGUCGGCGACCGCCAAUCCUACAUUAUCAACGUUGUUGACAAUGUGCUUGUUGCUCUAUUUGCCGUGGUUGGUGAUGGCCUCGCUCCAUUCCGGGCAGUCGACACCUACCACAUGAUCUUCAUCGCCCACUAUCAUCACCUGACUUGGCGGUUACGGCGCGAAAAGGGCCUACCACAACUUCACGAUCACAACGACCUCCCAGCUCGGACUGAGAAGGAUGCCGAUCCCGAAGCCGGCAAAACGGAGCAAUCGGAAUUCUCAGUCCUUACACCCAAGCAACAGCAGAAGUUGAUGCACCACCAGGCAAAGUUUGCAAAGUCUCACUCCUUCUACAAGCCGCACGAGACGUCGACGCACUAUGCAUUCCCGUUGCGACUGUUGGUGGCCAUUGUGGUGUUAUUGGAUUGCCACUCCCUGCUCCAGAUUUCCCUGGGCACAUGUACUUGGAGCAUCGAUUACCGUGUGCGACCGGCCGCGCUGACUGCGACCAUCCUCUCAUGCUCGAUCACCUGCAACAUCACCGGAGGCAUCUUGAUUGCCAUUGGUGACCGCAAGACGCGGAAAAAAGAUGUGGCGGAACAGCUUAAGAGGCAAGAACUGACAUCACUCGCGAUCAAGAAGGUAGAGAAACAUAGGAGGGAAAGAGAAGAACACUUGCGGCAGGCCGAAUAUCCGGAAAAUUUCGAAGUUAUUGACGAAGAAACUGCCGACCAGAUGAGAUCACCGUCGCGUUCACGUUCACGUUCACGUUCACCCUCUCUUUGAAAAAUACUCCCAUGGUCCAUUGCACACCAACCGAGCGAGGCGCAGGAUGUACAGUUUAUGGUUCGACUAAUGUUACUCUGAUUUUCGCAAGUAUUGCAGGUUGCGCAGAACUGGCAAGGACUGGCCCGGAGAUUCAGGGACUGGGCAGGCAGCCUUUGGCCAAGUUAUCUAUCUGGAUACAUCCACAGCUUUGGAAUUGAAAUUAUGUUAUCACAGGGCAAUAAUUCCAAAUUUCCGAGCUAGAUCAUAGUAUCUCGAGGGAUUAAGACGAUAUCUGGGGAAGAUGAUAUUACGCUUUUCUAUUAAACUUGGCGAGGAUCUCUUCGAGUACGUGUACUUCUACUAGUCUAUCUCGAGCCUCUCUUCUUAAUAAGAUCCUCGUAACAUAAUUUCAUUAAUUCAUAACCCU